AUUUAAUCCAAUUACACAUGAACCACAAUUAGUUGCAGAUAAUGUACAAGUUGCACAUGGACUUGUACAAUUUUGACAUGAUUUUGUUGUAGCAUUUACUUCAUAUUAAUUAGUUAAGCAUGAACAUGUAUGAGUACUCGAAUCUAUAGUAUAUGUUGCAGCACAUGUUAAACAAUAAUUUACUGUUGUUUAACAUGUAGCACAUGGAAAUACACAUUAAAUGCAUAAGUAACUUGUAGUAUCCAUUAUAUAACCUGAUUGACAAUUACAUAGAGACAGUGUUUAUUUAGCAGUAUCAACACAACUACUACAAUUAUUUCCGUUCGAUGAACAAUUUACACAUGGUUUUAUGCAUGGACUACAUGAGUUAACAUUUAACCAAUAGCCAUCAUUACAUUAAGUACAUAUAGUUGUAGAACUACACACCCUACAAUUACUUGGACAUCCUUCACAUAAAAAUGUUGAUGCAUUCAUUAUGAGCCCAC